AUGGCCCAGAGCGUGAAGGGGAAGACCGCUAUUGUGACUGGUGCAGGUUCGGGCAUCAAUUUUUGCUUUGUCAAGUUGUUACUCCAAAAUGGCUGCAACUGUCUCAUUGCAGACCUCGCCCUCCGCCCUGAAGCACAGGUUGUUGUAGAUCAAUACUCCUCUGCAUCGCCCAGGGUCAUAUUCCAGAAAACAGAUGUCACAGAUUGGUCCCAGCUAGAGAAGAUGUUCGAAGUUGCGGAGAAGGAGUUUGGAGAAAUCGAUAUCGUUUGUCCAGGGGCUGGUAUUUAUGAACCGCCCCAGUUAUUUUCAAACUUUUGGUACCCACCGGGCUCGCCAGAGAGUAAAGACUCGAGCUUCGGGUCAAAAUACAGUCUGAUUGAUGUUAACCUGACCCACCCCAUCCGAACCACCCAACUUGCCAUCGCACGAUUCGCAAACUCCAAAACCCCGAAAUCAAUCAUCCACAUAUCGAGUAUCGCGGCCCAGCUUCCAUCCCUCACCACCCCGAUGUACAUCGCAACCAAGCACGCGAUUAGUGGCUUCGUUCGAUCCCUAGCAAGACUCGACGCAAUCGGAAUCCGCGUAACUGCCGUCGCGCCUGGGUUCAUAAAAACUCCGCUCUGGACCGAGCAACCGGAUAAAAUGCAGAUCAUCGACGAAAGCAAGGAUGCAUGGGUAACCCCAGAAGAAGUUGCGGAAGUGAUGCUCGCACUGGUUGAGCGGGAUCAGGUGAAUGAGAAUAUUCUCGGUAAUUCGAAGGAGGAGGGGAAAAUGGUUCCGAUUAGGGGUGGAACAAUUCUAGAGGUGUCCAAGAGUGUUCGUGCUGUGCUGCCAUUCAAUGAUCCGGGCCCGCUUGGGAGACCAGGGAAUUCAUUGGGCAAUCCAAGAGCGGCAGAGGAGAGCCUCUUGAGUCUGGUGCAGUCGGGAAGCUGGGUGAAGCUGUAG